AUGCGCGAGGAGUAUUUGAUGUGCGGAAGAAUACAUGAAUGUGGGGAUUAUUUUGUGUUCUUCAAAGUAUGGGGUCGAGGAUUUGGUCUUUUGGGUUCCAUUUUUGGAAAGGAUGGUGUAUUAAACCAGCCAAACAGUGUCUUUGGACUUAUAUUUUAUAUACUACAAUUAUUACUUGGCAUGACGGCAAGUGCAGUCGCAGCUUUAAUCCUCAUGACGUCCUCCAUCGUGUCUGUGGUGGGGUCAUUGUACCUGGCCUACAUUCUGUACUUUGUGCUGAAGGAGUUUUGCAUCAUCUGCGUCAUCACAUAUGUGCUGAACUUCAUUCUUCUUAUCAUCAACUACAAACGACUAGUUUAUUUGAACGAGGCCUGGAAACGGCAGCUGCAGCCUAAGCAGGACUGACAGCCUGACCAGCUGCGGACUGACGGCCUGAAGUCCCCUUUUCCAUUAAGUUUAUUUUGCAGCAGGUUUUUUUUUUUUUAAUUCUUCACAACAGACAGUUUCCCUAAGAAUCUUAAACUGAUUUUUUAAGAUCCUAUAAAUUAGAAGGGGCCCUAGCUUUUUGUGUCAAUCUUCAUUUUAAAUAUGGAUACAAAAAAAGGAUAUGCCGAGCCAAUCAAAGACAAGCUUUAACUUUACUUUGAAGAUGUUUCUGAAAUAAUAAAAUGUAGCCCUAGCCCUCUGCCCUUGAUUGUAAAGUGAGCAACCAUUGCUAGUAAUUCUCUAAUGUGUAUAAAUUCAAUUUCAGGUAUAACAAAUGUGAUCAUGACAUGAAAAUAUUUUAGAAUAGAUACUGUAUUAAAUAUUGCCAUGUUUACAAUAUGUAAUGUUUUUAGCCGAUGGAUUUAAACAUGUAGAUUCAACUAGAAUCCAUUUAUGUGAUAUUUGUAAAUAAAGGUAGAAAUAUUGGAUCCAUCCCUGCAGAACUUACUGUGCAGUUUAGUUGAAGUGUAGCGAUGAAGAAUUGUCAGCCCAACGUUGACUGAAGAAAUAGUGAAAAUAGAAAGUCCGUACAGCGCAUCUUGAGAAAAGUACUGACAGCUGUGCGUCCAGCACUGACAGCAAAAAUAGUUGGUUCCCUUUCAUCUCCUUCCUCGGAAAGGAAGAAACUAAAUUUGGACAUUCAAGUCAAGCCUGUGUCUAGUCAUAAAACUGGAUCGAUUAUAACCUUACCAAAUGAAUCAUAUGACCAGACCUUCAUGUCCUAGGCCUUCAGGACACGAAAAAUGGGGAAAUGGAUAGAUUUCUUAGGAUAAAAGCUGGAAAUAUUAAUAUGGCAUUUUUAGGUAAAAGUCUCUUACAGCAGUUGAAUUUUCAUGAAGGUAUUUUUCCUUAACAUCGGUGCCAGUCGACCAAACAGUAUUAGGACCUUGAAAUAACCAGGUAUAAGCCCAGUUGCUCCAGAGUAGGAUUGCUCUUGGGUAGCUCCAUAGUAUUUCCUGUUUCAUUCUGUACUAAUUGGAUGUCUAGUUUCCAGUUGUUCUAGAGUCAAUAUUAGGUUUGUAAAUUUUAGGGCUGACACGCUGCUCAGUUUGCUUAAUUGAGAGUAGUACAGGUAGAAAUAUCUGAAGGUGAAAUACGCUAAUGGUGUCACUACUCUUUCUAGUAACUACGCAACGCAUAGGUUUUAAAGGUGGUUGAAUAAACCCAGAUGAAAUUGUGACAGUAUGUUUCUAUGGCUAACACCUUCUAUCAGAAUGUUAAAAGUGCCUUCUGUCUUAAAUCUCAAACCAAAUAUUUUGUGUGUUGAACUUGGGCAGAAGUGUCCUUCCUUCCUCUUACCAUGAAGUAGAAACCUGCAUCAGUCUAUAGAGCGGUUCUGUAUGAUCAUUUUGCUCCCAAAUUGAGAAAUAGUAGCAAUGUUUUUGCUUCCAAUUAGAUUAAUCAUUAUGUUAAAAAUAGACCGGCAACUUUCCAAGUACUUUGAUAAGCCGCCUUUUUGAAGGGAGGGGACAGGCUCUGCUCUGUAAACUGUACUGUGUAGAGUCAGCAACUGUUCAGCAGUUUCCAACAAACUGUCCUAAUUGACGCAAUGUAUUUUUUCUGGCCCAAGGCAGGUAUAAAAUCUGAAUUGUAAUGAACUUUCAAUGGGUUUUAACCAGUUUUGUAAUAGUUGAAUUCAGAUUUAAAGGCUGUUUUCCCAUGAAUGUGAAUAUUUCAAUGCCUGUUUUAUUAUGUAUGUAUUGUUCUUGUUUCUAGUUAAAGAACUCUAGAAAGCAUUGAUUGGAUGUCUGGUGUUUAUGGAGAAACAAGUCGUAAUGUUGAAGACCGUGUACAAGGAGGGCGUCUUCUAGCAGAGCUUCCAGGUCUACCAAGCAGUUUACUGGUUCAUUCUUUCAGGCUCGAGUGGAAAAGGUUAACAGAGAAGACUUCUGUGGUAUAUAGAACACUGGUUGUGCUAAAUAAGUUCCUUGUGUCCCAAUUUCAAAUGGAUUUUCAUCAUAUUUUGUAUCAAUCGGCAGAGUAUAGUUAAAGCUUGUCUUGAUGUUGCGUUCUUGCAAA